UAGUUGUUUACCUUUUUUCUAACAAAAAACAAAAUAUAUUAUAUGAAUAAAACAUAAAACAAUUAAUUGUAAACGUCCCGACAAAUGCAGGAGUGUAGGGUAAAAAACAUGUAAGAGUGCGCGCUGCCUAACCUUUCACACCGCUCGCAUCGGCACGCUUUUUGCUGCCAAAAUCCCCCCCAACCCCUGUGCGCUGGCUGGGGAGCAUUUUAAGUUUGGAUUUGCAGAAACUACGGCCCGGAGACCGCUGGCUAGUCAUGGAGGAGGACGUGGGGCUGCCGGAGCCCAGUGCGGAUGUGGCGCAAUCUUAUAUAACGCGCGCGAAAGUGAAUCCCGCAAAAAAGGACAACGAGAAGCGGCGUCGAAAGGAUGCUAUGCGAAAGGUUUCGCUUAUAUUACGGAAAUGCGACUCCCUGCGCUCCGUCGACGAUCGCCAGUUUCUGGAGAAGCACCCGGACAUGGUGAAGACCACAAAGAAGCGAAAGGAACGCAUCGAGAUCUACAAAGAGCGCGUUGUCGAGAAAGAGGAUGCGCCGCACGUGAUCGAGGCCAAGGUGGAGCAGCUGGCCAACAUCAUCUCCCAGGCGAAGCAUCUCAUCUGCUACACAGGCGCUGGCAUCAGCACGGCGGCCCUCAUUCCCGACUAUCGCGGCAGCAAGGGCAUCUGGACGCUGCUGCAGAAGGGCAAGGACAUCGGCGAGCAUGAUCUGUCCAGUGCGAAUCCCACCUACACCCACAUGGCCCUGUACGAGCUGCACCGGCGCCGCCUGCUCCAUCAUGUUGUCUCGCAGAACUGCGACGGUCUGCAUCUGCGAUCGGGCCUGCCGCGCCACUCACUCUCCGAGAUCCAUGGCAACAUGUACGUGGAGGUGUGCAAGCACUGCAAGCCGAAUGCCGUCUACUGGCGACAGUUUGACACGACGGAGAUGACGGCCCGCUACUGCCACAAGACCCACCGGCUGUGCCACCGCUGCUCGGAACCACUGUACGACACCAUUGUGCACUUUGGAGAGCGCGGCAACCUCAAGUGGCCGCUCAACUGGACCGGGGCCACGCAGCACUCGGAGCGAGCGGACGUGAUCCUCUGCCUGGGCUCUAGUCUGAAGGUGCUCAAGAAGUACACGUGGCUGUGGCAGAUGGACAAGCCAGCGCGCCAACGGGCCAAGAUCUGUGUGGUGAAUCUGCAGUGGACGCCCAAAGACAACAUUGCCAGCAUCAAGAUCAACGGCAAGUGCGAUCGCGUCAUGGCGCAGCUGAUGCAACUGCUGAACAUCUCCGUGCCUGUGUACACCAAGGAAAAGGAUCCCAUUUUCGCACACGCCACACUGCUAAUGCCCGAGGAGUUGCACACGCUCACGCAGCCGCUGCUCAAGAAUGCCGACGAGGAUGAGGCCUUCACCACCACCACGGAAGAGACACAGGACUCGACCAUCUCGACGGAAAGCUGCAGCUUCAGCGAUCUGCCCAUAGGCAAGGGGCCGCGUAUCCGCACGCCCAUUAAGAACGGCAGACGCAUUAAGACAAACCUCGAUCUGCGUCACAAGUUCGUGCGGAGUGUGUGCUCGAACCUAAUAAACGGCAACGAUGCGGAGGUCAAGAUAGAACCAACAUCCAAUGGAGAACUCAAGCUGGACAAUGGCUCGGGGCCUGGCUCUGCGCUGCUGCUGGUGGAAGAGAAGGAGCAGACGACGACGACAACAAUCAAAGUGGAGACUGAACUGAAGCUGGAGGAGGCACUGGACAUCAGCCCCAACCACGAUGACGCCCUGCUCCUCACCACCGUGAAGCAGGAGAUGCAGCUGCUGGAGUUGCUGCCGAAACUGGAGCCGCUCUCGCUCAAGGAGGAAGUGGAAUUUGAUAUGGAGACGGGGAUCAAGACGGGCAUCAACCCGAAAGUGGAGAGCAUGGAACUGCCAAAACUAGUCGCUAUACAGAAGACCCAACAGGAUGAAAGUCCGCGAACGAGUCUGCCGAGUCUCUGCCAACUGCCUGUGGAACUGUUUCUGGAGCCCGUGCAGCUGCCGCCGCUGGUGCCCAUUGGGGCGCCGCUGUCCACACCCUUCAUCGAACCGAAGCACAUACUGCCACCAGUGUUCCAGUCACUCAAUAUACAGAUCCAAAGCGAUGGUGCCACCUGCUCGGCGGACUCCACCACCGAGGAGGACGAAGAGAACGAGCUCUCGCAGAUGGACAUGCUGCGGCAGCACAACGACGAGGAGCUCCUCCGGCAGUUGCCCAGCUGGUACGACGCCAAGUACGCGUAUUCCGGUCUACACAGCAUACUCAUCCCCCCGCCCGAGGAUCUCAACAUUUGGAACUCGCAGGUGGUGCCGAAUUUCGCCAUGAAUCGCUCGGCCGCCAGUUGCGGCUUCUGCUUCGAUCGUUAUGCCGAGCUGGACUGCCAGUUCUAUCGGCAGUGGAACCUCAACCAGCGCAAGCACAAGAAGCGCGCACGCAGCGGCCGCUUUGUAGUCUGCGAGUGCUGUCCGACCAGCGACGAUGAGGAUGAGUACGACGAGAAUAUCUCCCUGGCGCACAUUGCGGCAGCGGAGACGGCCAAGCGUCGCCAGCAGCUGACCACGAGUUUCCCCCGCAAGCUGGCACGCACACAGGCGGGUUGGUAUGGCAAGGGCUACAAGAAGGGUCGCAAGCGCAGAUAGACAGAUCACAGAUGCUCGCUUCAAUAGUAUUUUAGCCAUAGGAACAUAAGUUUAUAGCAUAGAUGGUAGAGAGUCUCCCCCACCCAGCAUAGGGUGGGGGUGUAUAACUUUUACCUUUUUAAUUUGUCUACUUUAUGUACGUCCAUGUCCAAUUUUAAGAUGUUCACUUGUGUGCGAUUUGUGUGGUGUCCUUUUGUCCCAUUUUUAGGGAUCUUUUGUCUUUGAUUUGUGUUCGAUGUUUGUGUAUUUAUUUGGAAAUCCUAUUUAUAAGGAUCCUUGUCACAGCAAAUCACUUUUUAUGCCGCCCCCUUUUACCUUUUAGGUUAAAUAAACAAUAAGGGCAUUCGUUAUGCUAUAACCAAUUGAA